AUGGGUGUUCCUCGAUUAUGGUGCAUACUUGCUCUAUUUUUUUUAGUGAUUUUCUUAAAGAAUUUUAUUGCACGAUGUCACAAAAAAACUUCUAAGAAAUCGAUUAGAGGUAACAAAAAGAACGAGUAUGUGAAACAAAAAUUAAAGGGUAUAGCCCUUCAAAAAAUCGACAUAUUUAUGGAUUUUAUAAAAAUCCAACUUCCUAGUGCUUCUUUAAUUGACGCAAAACGAAUCUUUCCUCGUAAAUAUGAAGCUCAUGGGCAUGUAGUUGUAGCUCGGAUGAAUCCAGAUAUCACUGUUGAACAAUUCGCUCCUUUUGCAGAGGCUUUUGCUAAAUCAUUUCUACCUAUUAUAAUUGACGUGGUUCUAGUCGACACAAAUGGAAUCAAGGGAGAGCUGAGAAUUCCAACUCUGAUAAUUGUUUACAGCGCACCAAGCACUGGCUUUCCUUCGUAUUUAGAAAAAAGUUGGAAUCUCAUCUUGAAAAGGUGGAGUGAAUCUCGCUCUAAAGGUGUUAGUUCUUAUGUUCCAGAACAAGAGUUGCAUCUUCUGGAAAAUUACUUUAAAUCUGAAACUAUGACAGUUCAUGUAGAAAAUGGAGUUCAUUAUAGUUUUGAUGUGCAAAAAGUCAUGUUUUCAAGUGGAAACACAACAGAAAGGAUGCAUUUUGCCAGUGUAGAUGCCUCAAAUGAGAUUGUUGUUGACAUGUUUGCGGGCAUUGGUUAUUUUUCUAUACCAAUAGCGAUGCAUGGAUCCCCUUCUGAGGUGCAUGCUUUGGAAAAAAAUCCAGACAGUGUUGCUUUUCUGAAACUAAAUGCUAUACAGAAUUCUGUGAGUCACAUCGUGAAGCCUGAAUGUGGUGACAAUCGGCUUAUUGGAGACGAGUUGGAAGGUCGUUGCGACCGUGUUUUUAUGGGCUAUAUUCCUUGCUGCAAAAAAUUUAUCAAGCGUGCUGUUUUUUUUCUUAGGAAAAGUGACAGUGGCGUUCCUCUCGGAGUUAUUCACUACCACUUUCUUUCCGAUAAGACAAACGUACAUGAAGUAGUUUUUUCACAUCUCAGAGAAGAGCUUGGAGAUUUUAUGGCCUCUCUUGCCAAAUUGAAAGACCUUCGACGUGUUAAAUCGUAUUCUCCAAAACGCUUUCAUUUUGUUGCUGAUUUGUCCUUCUCGUAA